UGUCAGCUGUGGAUCAGCACCAUCCGGCCUCCUCAUCCUCCGGAGCUCCGCACAGGGACCACACCAGACCAGACGAGUGCAGCAGCAGAACCUCGGGGACCAGAACCAGAACCAGAACCAGAACCUCGAUCAUGGCGCUGAGCACCGACCCCAACUACCGGAAACUGGAGCAGUGGUACCGGGACAACGCGGGCAAUCUCACCAUGAGGAGCAUGUUCGAGUCCGACCCGGACCGAUUCAGCAAGUUCAGGUACGAGCACAUACACACACACAUACACAUACACAUACACACACACACACACACACACACACAGCGCGUGUACGUGACGGUGAGGAGGAGGAGGAGGGUGUGAUCCGGGAGCCCUUCUCUGGACCCCGGUUCGGUUCGGUUCACGGACUCGAACCUUUAACACCGACAAACACGCGGAAACACACACGCGGAAACACACGCCCACGCGCACCUAUAGCGCACUCAACGACUGCGUGAGCCACAAGGUCACGGUUUGAGUUCCGCUCCUUCCUGGUCCAUUUCCUGGUCUCAGACGGUCCCAGGUGUGAGGUCCGGACCUGUCCUACCCCAACUACCUCCCCCCGGUCUCACUGUGGGUCUCUGAGUCCUCACUGAUCCGGAUUCAGGCCUCUCAGAUGGUCCCGAUCCGGAGGAGCGGCUACUGUUAGCUGAAGUGCUAAAGUCUGUGCGCCCAUUAUCGGACAGCCGUGUGCCCAUUAUCGGACAGACAGUUUUUCACUGUAAAGAAGAAAAAUGUCAAAAUGAAAGCCCGCGAAAAUCUGUGUGUGUGUGUGUGUGUGUGUGUGUGUGUGUGUGUGUGUGUGUGUGUGUGUGUGUGUGUGUGUGUGUGUGUGUGUGUGUGUGUGUGUGUUCGUUCGUUACUGUGAUUUUCCUGCUAACUUCAGACUCGGCUGUUCUCGGUCCGUUUCUCUUGUAUGUUUCUCGGUUUAUUUCUAUAUUUCUUGUUUUUCUCUCAUAAUGAAUCAUUUUCAGGAUCCUGCUAACUGAAGUGAAGUCUCGGUGAAAGUCAAACCUGUUGAACUCUGUCGUUUUUCUGACGUUACCUCCAUGAUUGUACAGCCCACCUGUUAGCUGGCUCUGUCCGAUAAUGGGCUCACAAUGGGCUCACCGCGUUUGACCGUUUAAACAUCCGCAGGGCGUCGAAGUGAAAUCGAUUUAAUAGACUUUGAAUGUUUAAUCGGUUCGAGGGUGAUAGUGAUGUGAUGAUGAGGAGUCAGUGAUGAAGAUGGGUCUGUCUGUCUGUCUGUCUGUCUGCGGCAGGAGGAGGGGGGGGGGGGGGGGGGGUACGUGCGCUGCAGCACAUCCUCCUGUAGGUCUCUCCUCCUCUCCUUCCUCCUCCUCCUCCUCCUCUCAUGAUGAAGAUAAACCUCCCUCCUUCAGACCCCGGGGCUCUCACAGACUCAGAGGGGUUGUUUCGGGGUUCCUGCAGGUCUUCAUGAAGUCCUGGUCCAGUUCCUCUGCAGUCUGAGUGAAAGUACUGAGUGUUCCCGGUCCACAGGUUCUUCAGUAAUCCUCCUGAAUCCAUUAUCUCGGUCAGCCACACCCUCUGAUCCACGAGAGAGGAGAACCUGGACCAGGUCCAGACCUCUGAGAGUAUUUCACAGUUCUUAAAAUUCUGUUUAAAAAAAAAAAGACAGACUAAUCGAUAAAUCUAAAAAAGAUCAAUAAGUGAGUUAUCAGCUCUCAAAGAUCUGAAGUCUGUGUGUCCUGACAGAGAGGGGAGGAGGUCUCUGUCUUUAAGAAGACCACCUGGACUUUACUCAACAGUCAUGGUCCAGAAACACCGGACUUCAGCUCCAGAGUUUAAUCAGCAGAGAGAAUCAAACCUCAUCAGGAUUAUUAUGGAGCGGACAUGGACUUCAGCAACAACAACGACAACAACAACAACAAUAAUAAUAAUAAUAAUAAUAAUAAUAAUAAUAAUAAUAACAAUAAUAAUAAUUAAAAUAACAGCAACAACAACAACAACAAUAAUUAAAAUAACGACAACAAUAAUAAUAAUAAUAAUAAUAAUUAAAACAACAACAACAAUAAAAAUAAGAAUAAUAAUAACAAUAACAAUAAUUAAAAUAACAGCAACAACAACAACAACAAUAACAACAAUACUAAAAAAAUAUAUACAAAUAAUAAUAAUAAUAAUAAUAAUUAAACAACAACAAUAAUAAUAAUAAAAUAAUAAUUAAAUAACAACAAUAAUAAUAAUAAUAAAAUAAUCACAACAAUAAUAAUAAUAAAAAAUAAUAAUAAUAAUAAUUAAACAACAACAAUAAUAAUAAUAAAAAAUAAUAAUAAUAAUAAUUAAACAACAACAAUAAUAAUAAUAAAAUAAUAAUUAAAUAACAAUAAUAAUAAUAAUAAUAAUAAUAACGACAACAAUAAUAAUAAUAGUUCUAAUAAAUAAAUAAAAAUAUAUAUAAAUAAUAAUAACAAGGACAAUUACAACAACAAAAAACAACAAUAAUAACUAUUUCACUGAUAAUCAUGAUAAUUAUGAUUAUUGUAAUUAUUAUUAUUAUUGUUAUUAUUAUUAUUGUUAUUGUUAUUAUAAUAACUGUAUUUAUGUCCCUCCUUGAACAUGACUAUCAUCUGUCUUAAAGGCUCCAUAGGAGAGUUUAUGUGUGUUAGUCCAGACCAGUCACAGAACCUUAUUCUCAGAUCGUGACUUAUCUGAGUCAGAACCAGGUCAGUGAGGAUAGAGAGCUGCCACAGUGACCACAGGGGGGCGCCAAAACUAGCACUGAGCUCCUGACAGGGAAAAGAGUGGAUGGAGGUCCGGUUUGUGUGUCCCAGUAUAUGAGAGCAGAACUGUAGAACUGUAAGUGAACCGGGCGGUACCAGAGCAUGAAACCCGAGUUUAUAUCAGUCUGAACGUUUGAACCCGACCCGCUUUAUUGGCCCAGUCUGAGUAAACUCUGAUUUCACAGCUCUGUGUUCACUCUGCUCUGAUAAGAGAAUAAAGGCUGAUAACAGGGGGGGGUGGAGCCGGGUUCAAGCUGAACUCUGACAGAAGCACAAGGCAGACGGGUCACAUGACCCGCUGUAAACUCACUGCUAAAGUCUGAGUCCAGAACCAGAACCUCUGGGUUUUAAAGCUCCUCUCUGUGAUUUUAGCACCACUCUGCAGACCGACGAUGGAGACAUCCUGCUGGACUACUCCAAGAACCUCAUCAACCAGGAAGUGAUGUCCAUGCUGCUCGCCAUGGUAACACACACACACACACACACACACACUUCCUGUGGCUGUCAUCUCUAAUCAGCUCUGAGCCUCACUAAGAUCACAGUCAGGUUUCCUGAGCUCCACGUGGUCCGCCAACGACCACCUGACCAUCAGAUCCUGAUCAGCUGAUCAGCUGUGACACGUAAACAGGCUGCAGGUGUAGACAGGUGUAGACUGAUGGACUUUGGUGUACCUGGGUCUACAGGUGAGCUCUUACCCGGGAUUUUCACCACAUCUGAACCAGCUGUGAUUUCUGCUGUACGCCAAUUCCUACAGGAUCUGUUUGUGAGGCGAAUUUCUCGGCGGAUUACGGACACAGAGAAUCACAAGAACUCACAAGAACCUGCAGAUUCACGUUCAAUCUCACGAUAACGAGUUGUCUGUAUAAAGACAGACACAUAGACAUAUAAGCAGUAGAUUGUGUCCUUCCAGAGGAGGAAAUCUACUUCUAGACUUCUAGAAUCAGCAUCUCCUCAUCCAUGGUGUCAUCGGGGUGAAAUGACGUCUAAAAACCUUUCACUUGUUCGUCUCCGCCCGUUUGCAUGGUGUGAAAUACGAUCCUCCUGAAACACGGAGUGUUUUAUUUUGAAAAGAAGUCGGUGUAAAUUGACACGUUAACUUGAAUGGUUACGAUCAGCUACGAUCGGAGGAUACGACCUUUUAGGAGACCAUCAGGAUGGAAAUCUUGGGUUAGCUGUUCUAGAGUCACUAAGAUGGUCCAGCUCUGAUACCAGAGUCCAGACUGAUGGAUCCGGGUCACCACCAUCAUCUUCAUGGUCUCACUGAAGGUCCAGAUUGACCCUGAUGGACUCAGUAAAUCCAGUUAAAGUCUCCAGAUGGAGACAGUAAUCCUGUAACAGUCAGUGACUCAGCACUUUUUAAAACUGCUGAGUCAUUCAGAGGACAAGAGUCCUCCUGGUCCAGUUAGACCAGAGCAGGUCAAGACCAGAGAGUCUGGAAAGACCUGAUCUCCAUCAGGUCCUCAGACUGUGUGAACAGAGACAAAGAUCCUGAGGCUGAAACCAGAUUAUCAGACUGAGCUCAGAUUACAACACACACACACACACACACACACACACACACACACACACACACACACAGCUGAUCUUUUUGUUAUUUUACAGGAACAGUGUGAGAAAUUUCCUUAUCUCUGUAGAAACACAGAGAGUGUGUGUGUGUGUGUGUGUGUGUGUGUGUGUGUGUGUGUGUGUGUGUGUGUGUGUUGUAACCUUCAUUGUUGUGUGUGUGUGUGUGUGUGUGUGUGUGUGUGUGUGUGUGUGUUGUAACCUUCAUUGUGUGUGUGUGUGUGUGUGUGUGUGUGUGUGUGUGUGUUGUAACCUUCAUUGUGUGUGUGUGUGUGUGUGUGUGUGUGUGUGUUGUAACCUUCAUUGUGUGUGUGUGUGUGUGUGUGUGUGUGUGUGUGUGUGUGUGUGUGUGUGUUGUAACCUUCAUUGUGUGUGUGUGUGUGUGUGUGUGUGUGUGUUGUAACCUUCAUUGUGUGUGUGUGUGUGUGUGUGUGUGUGUGUGUGUGUUGUAACCUUCAGUGUGUGUGUGUGUGUGUGUGUGUGUGUGUGUGUGUGUGUGUGUGUGUGUGUGUGUGUGUGUGUGUGUUCUCACUCUGAUCUGUGUGUGUGUGUGUGUGUGUGUGUGUGUUCUCACUCUGAUCUGUGUGUGUGUGUGUGUGUGUGUUCUCACUCUGAUCUGUGUGUGUGUGUGUGUGUGUGUUCUCACUCUGAUCUGUGUGUGUGUGUGUGUGUGUGUGUGUGUGUGUGUGUGUGUGUGUGUGUUCUUCAGGCCAAGUCCAGGGGGGUGGAGGAGGCCCGAGAGAAGAUGUUCUCAGGAGAGAAGAUCAACUUCACAGAGGUAAACCAGAGACCGGGACCUGAGACCAGGACCUGAGACCAGGACCUGAUCUCAGACCCUGAUCUCAGACCCUGAACUCAGACCCUGAUCUCAGACCCUGAUCUCAGACCCUGAACUUAGACCCUGAUCUCAGACCCUGAUCUCAGACCCUGAUCUCAGACCCUGAACUCAUACCCUGAUCUCAGACCCUGAACUCAGACCCUGAUCUCAGACCCUGAUCUCAGACCCUGAUCUCAGACCCUGAACUCAGACCCUGAUCUCAGACCCUGAACUCAGACCCUGAUCUCAGACCCUGAUCUCAGACCCUGAACUCAGACCCUGAUCUCAGACCCUGAACUCAGACCCUGAUCUCAGACCCUGAUCUCAGACCCUGAACUUAGACCCUGAUCUCAGACCCUGAUCUCAGACCCUGAUCUCAGACCCUGAACUCAGACCCUGAUCUCAGACCCUGAUCUCAGACCCUGAACUCAGACCUUAAACCCAGACCCUGAUCUCAGACCCUGAUCUCAGACCUUAAACCCAGACCCUGAACUCAGACCCUGAACUCAGACCCUGAUCUCAGACCCUGAACUCAGACCCUGAUCUCAGACCCUGACCUCAGACCUUAAACCCAGACCCUGAACUCAGACCCUGAACUCAGACCCUGAUCUCAGAUCCUGAUCUCAGACCUUAAACCCAGACCCUGAUCUCAGACCUUAAACUCAGACCCUGAUCUCAGAUCCUGAUCUCAGACCUUAAACCCAGACCCUGAUCUCAGACCUUAAACUCAGACCCUGAUCUCAGACCCUGAUCUCAGACCCUGAACUCAGACCCUGAACUCAGACCCUGAUCUCAGACCCUGAUCUCAGACCUUAAACCCAGACCCUGACCUCAGACCCUGAUCUCAGACCCUGAUCUCAGACCCCGGUGGUUCAGUUCUAUCCUUCCUCCUGUGUUAGUUUUUACUGCCCCUCCUCCAUGUUAACGGGUCGGUUCUGACCCGUGUUUGUAAAUGAAAACAGGUCUCUGUCCUCCAGUUUGGUUCUGGUCUCCAGGUUUCCUUGUUCAGUUUGAUUAUCAAUGAGAAUAUUGAUUAUCAUAGUUGUUGUGGUCCUCCUCACACAGACAUCUAUACUCUCACAGAUCUGGACAGAGACAAACAUGAAAACCUGACAUGACUGACGAGGAUCUGAGUGUCAGCGCACUUCUGAUGUCACUUUUGGUUCUGAUUAUUAGAUAUUGAUCUAACCGGGUCGACAGCGACACUCACCAGAGUCUUCGUUUUAAUCAGAACAUUUUAUCAUUUAGUCAGUUUUUUAAUUUUUAUUUAGUUCAAAUCGAGGAUCCUGACAAAGUCCAAAAGUCUGGAUGUGAAAAAGUUCUUUUAAGGUCGGUGCUGACCCGAACAGGAGGAGGUUAAAGGGCUAAUCUGUAGUUUUUAGAGACGUUUGGAGUCUGACUGACAGACAGGAAGGAAGGAAGAGGUCUGACCUCUUCAUCACCAUCAUCAUCAUCAUCCUCAUCAUCAUCAUCAUCAUCAGUGAGGCCGGCCCACAUACUGACCAACAGAGAGGCUUUGUUUAUGUGAGCGGCUGCAGACAAAAGCUGCAUCACACUGACUGACUGAGACAAACACACGCACACACGCACACACACACACAAACACACGCACAAACACACACACACACACACACACACACACACACACACACACGCACACACACACACACACACACACACACAGAGCGGCUGUGAUGUAAUGCGGUUGUGUAAGCGCCGCCUCAGUGACUCUGCAGUUUGAGUGAAAACAGGUUUCAGGUUUCAGAUAUUGAUCAGUGAUUGAGACCUCGAUCAUCAGCUGAUCUGUGUUUUGGUUCUUUACGUGUUUCUAACGUAAACAUCUAUGUGCAAAAAUCUCUAUAAUAGAAGCCACCUUCAGAUGAUUGACAGACGUAAGAACAGUGAUGAUACUGACGCUGUGUCACUGUGUGUGUGUGUGUGUGUGUGUGUGUGUGUGUGUGUGUGUGUGUGUGUGUGUAUUUUUAAUGGGUGUGUGUUAGGGUCGUGCGGUGCUCCACAUCGCGCUGCGUAAUCGCUCCAACACGCCGAUCCAGGUGGACGGUAAAGACGUGAUGCCGGAGGUGAACCGCGUCCUGGACAAGAUGAAGGCGUUCUGUCACGUCAGUAUGAGCUUCAUUUUUUACAGUGUAGACUGAACUUAAGUGGGUUUUAAGUUAAAGACGUGGAUCCAGAGUUUGGAGCCGUUUGAGUUUAAUUAAGUUUCAGGACUUUUUCUCAGCAGUGAUCGGAGUUUUUUUAAAUUAUUUAAAAUAAAUUUUUGUUUUUACUGUUUUUUUUUAAAAACAGUUCAAAAGUUUUGACUGUUUUAAACCUUUUUUUCAUAAAUUUGUUUAGACUUGAAAGUGUUUAAAGUUUUUUUUAACAGAAUCCAAACGUUUUUGUCCAGCGGCUGAAAACUUCUUUAACAGUUUUCAGUUUAUCAGUUUGUAAAAAAGACGAUUAUUUUUACACGUUUUAAGAAGUUUUUUAAAGUGUUUUUGUUUGAGUAUUAUGAUGUUUUUAGUGUUUAGACUCUUUCUACAGUUUUUCAGACGGUUCUUAAACCCGAGUUUACAGAGUCGUCUCAUGAUUCCUCAGACCUUAAAGAUGAUCGAGAGUUUUAAGACUUUCAGACGGACUUAAAAGGCCUUUUAACGUUUAUGGUUCCUGAUAUUUUAAAGGAUUUCAUCUGUUUUCUAAUAAAGAGGUUCACCCUGUGUUUUCCACAGAGGGUGCGCAGCGGGGAGUGGAAAGGUUUUACUGGGAAGAACAUCACCGACGUGGUCAACAUCGGCAUCGGGGGCUCCGACCUGGUGAGUCAACUCUGAGACUCAGAGGAGGCGGAGUCCAGGCGAGUUUUCGUGACCUUUGACUCCUGGAGACUCUCCGUUUUUUUGUCCAGCUAACAGAAACGAACCUGUUGAAGUAAAAACCUGAGAAGUUGUCGUGACCUUUGACCCUCCCCUCGGCCCGCCUGUUUGCGGUGUGUUCAGGUGUCUCAGGUUUCGUUGUCGUUUCUGUGUUGCGUUCAGGGCCCUCUGAUGGUGACGGAGGCUCUGAAGCCGUACUCAGCAGGCGGUCCAAACGUUUGGUUCGUCUCAAACAUCGACGGGACUCACAUGGCCAAGACCCUCGCUCAGCUGAACGCAGAGACCACGCUCUUCAUUAUCGCGUCUAAGGUGGCCGCCAUCUUUCAAAUCCGCUCAGACGCAGUCGUUCAAACCUCGACCCUGACGUGACCUCGCUCUGUUCGUCUGUUUCAGACUUUCACCACGCAGGAGACCAUCACCAACGCAGAGUCCGCCAAAGAAUGGCUCCUGCAGAGCGCCAACGAUGUGAGUCAAGGAUCUGUGUGUGUGUGUGUGUGUGUGUGCACGCGCGUGUGUGCGUGCAUGUGUGUCUCAUCACUGUCCUGCUCUCUCUCUCCCUCCUCAGAAAUCGGCGGUGGCCAAACACUUCGUGGCGCUCUCCACCAACUCGGUGAGUGACACUUUCACACCUGAACACCUGAGUCUGUUACCUGAGCUCAGCCAAUCAUCAGGCGGCUCACCUGAGUCUGCUCAGAACCGUAGACUGUAUGUAGAACGGACGCCAUCUGCCUCCUCGCUGGAUGAGAACAGCGCCCCCUGGUGACAGGCUGCAGUAUAGCUCAUAAACCCCGCCCCCUCUAUCAAACUGAAUGGAGCUGUUUUGAGUCUCCAGAAACACGGGGAGAAAUUCGGCUUCAAAUUGGUCACAUGACGGGAGGCGGAGCCAAGUUGUCCAUCAUAUAUACAGUUUACGGAUCAGAGGUUCUGGAAGGUUCUGGAAGGUUCUGUGUGAUGACAGAGUGUCUCCUCAGAACCUCAAACUGUCUCUGUCUGCAGGUCAAAGUCCAGGACUUCGGGAUCGACCCGGAAAACAUGUUCGAGUUCUGGGACGUAAGUGUGUGUGUGUGUGUGUGUAUCUGUGUGUGUGUGUGUGUGUAUCUGUGUGUGUGUAUCUGUGUGUGUGUAUCUGUCCGUGUGUGUGUGUGUGUGUGUGUGUGUGUAUCUGUCCGUGUGUGUGUGUGUGUGUGUCUGUCCGUGUGUGUGUGUGUGUGUGUGUGUGUAUCUGUCUGUGUGUGUGUGUGUGUGUGUGUGUGUGUGUGUGUGUGUGUAUCUGUCCGUGUGUGUGUGUGUGUGUGUGUGUGUGUGUAGUGAAGGACGCUCCGUUGAUAAUCCCGGCUCUUAAUCUUGAACUAACUCUGAGUCUUGCUGGUUUUUCUUGCUGCUCUCUGAUUGGUGGACUGACUGUGUGAUGUCAUGUUUGCCCCGCCUCCUCCUCCUCCUCCUCAGUGGGUCGGAGGUCGUUACUCUCUGUGGUCGGCCAUCGGUCUGUCCAUCGCUCUGCAUGUAGGUACGUCUAACUCUCACUCACAGCGGGGCGGGUUCUGAUAAAGACUGACGGACUGACUGAAGACUCGGGGUCCGUGAAGAGGUUCUGAUUCUGGUUCAGAACCUGGUCUGACCAGAACCCUGAGAGAGUGCAGAGUCCUGCACAUGUUUGUUAAUACAGGAGCUCAGCUGAAUGAUGAGUCAGCAUUUUCCUGAAGUAAUGAGUCAGCAUGUUUAUUACUGAUGAGUCAGCAUGUUCACCAACUGAUGAGUCAGCAUGUUCAUAAGCUGAUGAGUCAGCAUUUUCAUGAAUUUGAGUCAGCAUUUUCAUUACUGAUGAGUCAGCAUUUUCAUGAACUUGAGUCAGCAUUUUCAGGAACUUAUGAGUCAGCAUGUUCAUGAUCUAAUGAGUCAGCAUGUUUAUUACUGAUGAGUCAGCAUGUUCACCAACUGAUGAGUCAGCAUGUUCAUAAGCUGAUGAGUCAGCAUUUUCAUGAACUUAUGACUCAGCAUGUUCAUGAUCUAAUGAGUCAGCAUUUUCAUGAACUGAUAAGUCAUCAUGUUCACCAACUGAUGAGUCAGCAUGUCCACAAACUGAUGAGUCAGCAUGUCCACAAACUGAUGAGUCAGCAUGUUCAUAAGCUGAUGAGUCAGCAUUUUCCUGAACUUAUGAGUCAGCAUGUUCAUGAUCUAAUGAGUCAGCAUGUUUAUGAACUGAUGAGUCUGACCUCUGACCUCUGACCCUUGUGUGUUCCAGGCUUCGAGAACUUCGAGCAGCUUCUCUCCGGAGCUCAUUGGAUGGUAGGCGAGCAGAGACCGGAUCACUGACCCUGAUCCUGAUCUGAACUGAGAUCUGAGCGCUGACUCGUCUCUCUCUCUCUCUCUGCAGGAUAACCAUUUCCGGAGCGCCCCGCUGCAGCAGAACGUUCCGGUUCUCCUGGCCCUGCUGGGAAUCUGGUACGUCAACUUCUUCCAGGCCGAGACUCACGCCAUGCUGCCGUAUGACCAGUACAUGCACCGCUUCGCCGCCUACUUCCAACAGGUCAGUGUCGAACCCUCUCAGACCGGGUCUCUGCUCAGAGCUGGUUCUGAUGGGCCGGUUCUGGUCCGGUCCGGGAGCUGGUCUGACCUCUCUGAUGUCAUCUUCAGGGCGACAUGGAGUCUAACGGGAAGUACAUCACUAAAGACGGCAGCAGAGUCAACUAUCACACCGGACCCAUCGUCUGGGGCGAACCGGGGACCAACGGGCAGCACGCCUUCUACCAGCUGAUCCACCAGGGUCAGACAAACACACACUCACUAAAACACACACACACACUCUCUGAUGUUUAUCCGUGUGGCGUUCACUGACUCGUGUCCUCUCCAGGAACCAGGAUGAUUCCAGCUGACUUCCUCAUUCCUGCUCAGUCUCAGCAUCCAAUCAGAAACAACCUCCAUCAUAAGGUACCGCCCCCUCGCCGGCUCUGAUCUUAUCUGACUCAGACGUUUCCUGUUCACCUGAGCUCACCUGUGUGCGGUCACACCUGAGCUGCAGGUUCCAGAUAGUUUCGAUGUUUCCUGGUCUCACCUGAGAACUUCCUCGGGUCAGAGGUUCAGACUUUAGAACAUUCAGAACCGAACCCUGAUCUUUCCUGAGAACAGUCUGGACUCCUGGACCAUGUUGACCUUUAACCCUUUAGUUCCUGUCAGCUCAGAGUAAAGAGGAGGAACCGAAGGGGUUAGAGUCCAGAUUAAAGGUUUUCCAGCAGAGUCCGGCUGAAGUUCUGACGUUGGACCUUCAGCUUCACUCCUCAGCUCAUCAGUCAGUGUUGGAUCACCUUUCUCAGGUCCAGCUCAGAGUCUCAGAGUCUGUGUCUCUGUGUCUCUCAGAUCCUGAUGGCGAACUUCCUGGCCCAGACUGAAGCUCUGAUGAGAGGGAAAACUUCAGAGGAGGCCCGGAAAGAGCUGGAGGCCGGCGGUCUGAGAGGAGACGCUCUGGAGAAGCUGCUGCCUCAUAAGGUGAGAGCUGCAGUCACAUGAUCAGUCACAUGACCAGUUUCUGAUGUUGUGAGCGACUCUUCAGAAACCAUCAACGCUUCUUUCUUCUUCUUCGUUGGUUUGAAGGUGUUCGAGGGGAACAAGCCCAGUAACUCCAUCGUCUUCAAGAAGCUGACCCCCUUCAUGCUGGGAGCUCUGGUCGGUGAGUACUGGGACAUCUGCUGCGCUUUAGUUUGACUGUAGUACCUCCUGACGGCCACUGGAGGGCGCUGCUCCUGCAGGUAAACAGCUCUGACCUACUGAUGAGUCUCUCUCAGAACGUUUCCAUCGAGAAAACCGAACUAUCGCCUUAUUCCGAUAAAGACCGGACAACUGAAGGUCAUGUAAACACCUUAGUCCGACGAUAAUCGGAGUUUAAGAACUCCAAUAAAGACGCUGAGAUAAUCUGAUCGGAAUCUGAUUUUCUCGACCAUGGAACCAGCGUGUAUAUAAGAGUAUAAUCGGACAAUGCGUGUGCGCCGUGACCCCGUAACAAAAACACCACAGAAGAAGAGUUGCUAUCAUUUAAAGAACUUUCAACUCUGAAGAAACUGAAACACGGAAGAACGCCGACUUUUAGAACGAUGAGGAGAGCGCCAUCACGCUUUCCGUUCUGACAGAAACGGAUAUUUUAAAGUAUACAGACGGUCACAAAACGAGGAACAGAGACACCUUAAAAAGAGGUCGGAAACAGCGCCGCUGAAAAGACCCAUAUCGCCCCCUAGUGUUGGGGAGGAGGACACGCUCACGUCAAUGAUUUACUCAGCUGCAUAUAAACGAGGACAAGGAGAGAAAAAGACGAAUCAUGAGGGUUAGUCUGAUUAAAGUGAGACUGUAAACGACCUGAAGAAGACCUCAGGUCCACAAGUCCUCAGGUCCUCAGGUCCAUGAGUCUUCAGGUCCUCAGGUCCACAAGUCUUCAGGUCCUCAGGUCCAUGAGUCCUCAGGUCCAUGAGUCCUCAGGUCCUCAGGUCCAUGA